AUUAACAGGCGCGCACGGCACGUCGUCUAGGAAAUACCGCUAUCCAAUAUUCCCAAACAAACACCUUCGUCUUCCUCAAGUCUCCGGUUUGUGAUUUUCUCCAUUGAUCGUUUCUCUCUGCAGAAAUCCAGGGUUUGAGCGGUUUUCUGAGGCCGAUCAAUGAAGGGGGAAGUGCAGCUAGAACCAGUAGUUGCGGAACGGGAACCGAACCCUAGUAGUGACUUGGACCCUCUGCUCCAGGACGACGACGACGAGUCGUCGUCUCCGGCGAGCUCCAGUGAGAUUAGGAAUGAAGACCUUGAGAAUGGCUCCUCCAUUGCUUGUUGUCGCAUUUGCCUCGAAAGCGAUGCUGAACCAGGGGAUGAGUUGAUUUCACCAUGCUUGUGCAAAGGCACACAGCAGUUUGUGCAUAGCUCCUGUCUUGAUCACUGGCGCUCUGUUAAGGAAGGAUUUGCCUUCUCGCACUGCACUACUUGCAAAGCCCAAUUUCAUCUUCGAGUUGAAUCAUAUGAGGACAACUCUUGGCGUAAAAUAAAAUUCAGAAUUUUUGUGGCAAGGGAUGUUUUCCUUGUAUUUGUUGCUGUACAAACAAUAAUUGCUGCAAUUGGUGGCUUUGCAUAUCUGAUGGACAAAGAUGGCGCCUUCAGGAAUUCAUUCAGUGAUGGUUGGGAUCGUAUCUUGUCAAAACACCCUAUACCAUUUUAUUAUUGCAUAGGGGUCUUGGCGUUUUUUGUGCUGCUUGGGUUUUUUGGGCUUAUACUACACUGUUCAGCCUUCAAUAGCAAUGACCCACGGAUGGCUGGCUGCCAGAACUGUUGUUAUGGAUGGGGAAUAUUGGAUUGUUUCCCUGCGUCUAUGGAGGCAUGCUUUGCCCUGGUUAUUGUUUUUGUUGUCAUCUUUGCUAUUCUUGGCAUAGCUUAUGGUUUCCUGGCUGCUACUAUGGCUAUUCAGAGAAUCUGGCAGAGACAUUACCACAUCCUGACCAAGAGGGAACUCACGAAGGAGUACAUAGUGGAGGAUCUUCAUGGUUGUUACACCCCACCAAAGUUGGAUCCUGAACAUGAAGAGCGUCUGAAAAUGCUCAAGUUAUUGUAGUGAAAGAUGAGGCGUUUCAAAUUGUCUUUGGAGUGUUUAAUGUAUCAGAAUAUGACAUCCGUGAUGUAUAUUUAUACUCGGUAACAGUAACUCUAUAAAGGAGCAGAGAAGGAAAAGAAUAGUUUCAUACUUGUAUUCACUAAAA